AUGACAUCCUCGUUCCCUCUGCAAGGAGAGUUGGCAAGGAACUUCGACAAAAUAAGAGGGCUCUCGGCCAUCACAGCGCUAAGGUCGAGAAGAGAGAAAAGGUCACUCCUAAACUACCCUGAGGUCCCUGGUGAUGACUUCCCCAGUGAUCUCCCCAGCAAACGUGGAAGACGUCUAAGCAGGGUCGCGAAAGGGAAACAAGCAGUCAGAAGGAGCCCAUCUUAUCCUAGAGACUCGUCAAAGAAACGGCCGAAGAAAAGCCCAGGAGAAGAAACCUUAAAGAGGAGCUUGUCUUUGUUCUGGCGUGAAAAUCCCACCAAACGAGGCGACAACCACCAAGAUGAAGUGAAAACAAAAGGGAAAGAGAAACAGGCUCAGACGGACAAUGAGUCGGUUGCUAGUACGCGCCAAAGCCAGGAGCGUAGUCGCUCAACACACUUCACGCCCGAUUUACCAACGCUGAGAGCGAAUUCCUGGGCCGCGGACUUAUACAAGUUGGCCGCAAAGGGCCCCGAAACCACAGGUGCCGAUCCGCAAUGUCUCUCAGCAUCUAGUGUUUCGGAUGGCGAGCCGGCCACCAUUGUCAUUCCUGCUCGUGAUCCGGACGAGUUUAAAAAGAAGGUCCAUGGAGCAAAGCGGCUAUACAAAGCAAUUGAGGACCAAGAUACUACCGCUGUGCUCGAUUGUAUCUCCGAGGGUGUCGAUAUCAACUACUCAAGUGUUUAUGGAACCGCACUUCAUUUUGCAGCCUCGCACUCUUCGCGUGCGGAUAUGGUAAAGCUGCUCCUCGAUAAUGGUGCGAAUCUUCACGACGAGAGCUCCGAGACUGGCAAUUUGAACGCUUUAAUGGCAGCUUGCUGUGUUGACGACAAUGCAGAGACAAUCAAGCUACUGCUUGACGCAGGAGCCGACAUCGAUAUACAGCAGCCAGAGGAUGUGAGUAGUGGUGCUCUCAUCUUAUGCUGCGUGGAAGACCGAGAAGAAUAUUUGAGUCUUCUUAUCAGAGCAGGCGCGCAGGUCAACAUGCAAGUUCAGCAUAAGCGCUUUGGUAGUGCGCUCGCAGCAGCAUCGUUUUGCGCCAAUGUUAAUUUGAUCAACAUUCUGAUCGAGGCCGGAGCAGACAUUAACAUGCAGCUCUCCCAAGGAGCCUUUGGGAGUGCCCUCGUGGCGGCUUGUGUCGGCGAACAGCUAGAAAAUGUCCAAUUUCUACUCGAUAAAGGAGCAGAUGUUAACCUCCAAAUCACUCACGGGGUUUCUGGAAGUGUGCUUGCUGCAGCUUGUGCAGGUCCAUGUACCUCUGAAUCUAUUCCGCUACUCUUAAGUGCAGGGGCAGAUGUCAAUAUGUCUCUCUCAUUUGGGGCCUUCAACGAUGCCAUGUCAGUGGCGACAUUCACCAGAAAUCCCAAGGCUAUCCGGCUCCUGUUUCAAGCAGGUGCCAAAAUUUCGCCACUAUCAGCAACUUUGAUCCGCGGAUUGGUCUCGGAUGACCCUUCCUGCUGUGAGGAUCUGAAAAUCGUGGAAUCUGAGUACGCUUCUGCUCCUCUGGAAGUCUUGAAGCUACAGAUCGACUGCGAGCUUGCUUUAUUAGCAGACACCUGGAAAGACAUGUCAACGUUCCUUUCAAAUAUGGAUCUCCUGAUCAGAAAGAAAGACGCUGUGGAGUUGACUACUAUACAGCGUUACCUAUGUAACACACUUGGCGGUCUCGGUGGUGACCUUCUCCGGGGAGUUAUCAGAGCUUUACAAAACCCCAAAAACUUCUUUACUGAUGGUACUAUGAUAAUCGACAUCCGUGAUGUCUCACGUCGGGAAACUAUGGCAAUAGAAUGCAGCGCUUCAACGCCGGAAUUGCUCGAAAUAUUUACGUGGCUUUGUCUCGCGGUCAGAAAACCGGCUCCUGGGAUCAUCGGUCUUUCAAAGUCGACAUCGGAAAUAUGGUCUGGCGUUCUGGGUUCUGUUCAUCAGCUAGACCCUAUACAACCCUUUCCAAAGUUCACCAGAGACAAUCGUUGCUGGCACGGUCUUUUUAACGAGGCAGUCAUCAUUCCAGCCGUGGGCGUGAAGUCUCAGGCUCCAUCUCGCGGGUUGGAGCUAGACUUCAUGCAAAUGCUCCGACUUUCAGCAGUGGAGUAUCCCGUUUUGGUUGACUCGGGUCUUGUUCUCAUGGGCUAUUCAACUGUCCUCGUUCCUAUCAAGGAAACCAAGGACGGAAUGAUACUUUGGCAUUUGGAGACGGCCAAUCAUGAAUCGCAAUUCAAGGUUUCCGAAAUCAAAGCAACGAAGCGGAGAUGGCUCAAAGUGAACAGCCUUGAAUACUUGCAAUCCAAAAGAGCGCUUUUGGGCUGGUGUUCCAAAGCAGACAUUCUCUUGGGCACAGAUCAGAUGUCCCUUGAUGUUACCUGGUCUGAUGCGAAAGUGAAGGCCAGUACAUGGCACUGGAAAGGGGCCAACCUCCAGGUUCUCGCACAGACUGCUGCUCCGGUGCAAGUUGGUGCGCAAAUGGGGGUUUCAUUUGACCGAUCUCUGAAUACAGUUCGAUUUGCCCCUUCUGAUAAUUACCUGCGAUGCCUGAAAAAUAGUACCGUGGAACAGGUGGUUCUCUAUGAUGUCAACACACAGAGGGCUUGGCUGGUCCCCUUGGUAUCUGUACUGCACCAUAUGCUUUUGGUAUACUCGAAGGGAAUUCUUACCGAACAUCGAGGUUCUGAUCCCCCUAAAACCAGCAUCGGGGAUCCUGACAACUUUGUAUCUGACAAUUUUGCAUCGUUGAAAGCCCUUGCAGAUAAUGGUGAGGUGGUUUUGGAACAGUCGGGAGGAAUUCUCACGAUUCGAGAGCUCAUCAUGGGCUUCUCAGUGAAUUUGUCAAAGACAUCUUUUCAAAAGCCAGUCCGCUCUGAAAUAUACGGAUAUGAGUUCAUGGAUAUAUUGAUGGGCUCUCCACGAUCUGAACUCAAAAAAGGGCGCGUGAGGAAGGAUGGUUUGGCCUGGUCAUCUCUAUUAGAUGGAAUCAACUGCCUCUUUUGUUCUGACCUUGGUGAUGCAAUUGUGGGCAGAAGAGUACCGGACUCCUCCCCAUGCAACAACGUGCCAAUGGGCUCCGAUUUCAUGGUGGCAUCCAUGCAAAGCAUCGACAGCUUAUCAACAACACAUGGAGCUAAAUCUCAGCCGGAGUUCCGCAAACUCUCCCACACUCAAUUUUGGCAACUUUCCGGGUCUCCAUUUCAAGAAUGCGGAGAGCAUUGUCACGGCAAUUGCUGGGUCUGUCCUGAGUUCCUGCAAUGUAUCCGAGCCUCUCACUCUUCUAAGAAAAGCAACACUGUUAUACCAGAUCAUUCUGGUGGGGCCUUGGUCUUUGGUGCGCCGCAGAAGGGGAAAAUGAUAGCUUCUGCUACUUUAGGCACUCUCUUCACAAAGCCGCCGACGAAGAUCAAGAUGUUCGAGUUACCGACUCGACUCAAAGCAUAA